AAUUAGUGAACGACCCCUUUGUGUGGCUUUCAUUGCAAACUCAAUAACAAAUUGAUUGCUUCUGAAGGUUAAGGCAUUACAAGAGCUGAUCCGCCCAUUCAUUGACAAUUAUGGCCACCAAAUGGGAUUUACCUGCCGUUGAACUCAAGCCUCCCUUAAGGGUCUCGCCAUUCAUUAGAUUCUGCCGGUGGUCUCUACUGCUCACUGGAGUCGCUUAUGGGCUGCGAAGACAUCAUACACUUCAGCAGAAAGAGACGGAACAUCGGAUCCAAUUGAGACAAAAGAAGAUCAUUUGGGACGAAGAGCAGAGAGUGGCUAAACUCAAGAGUAACAGAGAGGAGAUGUUGUAUUUGGCGAAAGAGACCAACUCUAAGAUUCCCGACAACUUCGACCAAAUAUACCCCAAAUAGAGACAAUUAGUGGUCAUCGGGUGUCAACUGAAUCCACAUCUCAAGAGAUUUAAGUGAACUCUAAAUAUGCUUUUAGUUGUAAUAGAAAGGGAAACAAUAGUUUCAUUUUUGUUUGAAAUUUGUUUUUAAAUUAAAGUUAUAAUAAAUAGCAAAUCAAUAAAUAGUA